AACCACCCAACCAACCUCCUCACCAAAGGACCGACAACCCACCCAACCCGACCCUUUGACGUUCGGUCGAGUAUUCCGGGAGAUCAAUCAGGGUCAAGAUGGCGGCAAGAGUUCUGCUGCAACGGCAUGCCGCGCCGUUGACAGCCUCCCUCCUUGCCGGAGGCGUUGCCCUCUACCCACGAGUCGCCCACGCAGAGGCCCCAGAAUCAUACAACUCCCCAUCACCCAAGAAGCCCAUAUACGACGAUUUCGACGCCGUGCCCACGACAGCCACCCUGCCACCACCACCGCCGCCGCCGUCCAAGCAGUCGUCGCAAGAAGCCCCGGCGAGCCCUACCUCGACCAUCGUCGCCUCCGAGUCUUCUUGGUCCUUGUCGUCCCCAGGGUCCCAGGAGGUGGUCGUCCGGCAGCAGGCUCGCGGCCCCACGCCCACUGAUCGUUUGGCCGCUCAGAUCCGCGACGCGCGGCUUUUCCUGUACCGUCAGGCCUGCGAUGCCGAGGACGCAGUGAACCGGGCUAUGGACCGCGCAUUCCACCUGGAGAAGUCGUUCACCGACACCGUGGCGGGUCUCGCGCCGCCCGCCGAGUCCGGCGAGAAGCUCAUGCCGGGCCUGGUGUACGUGCUGGUGGCCGCCAUGGCCGGGAGCAUCGUCACGCGCCGCAGCAACAUCCUGCUGCGCGCCGCCGUGCCCGUCGCGUUCGGCGUGGGCAUGGGCUGGACUGCUCUGCCCGUCACGAUGGGCAAUGUGAGCGAGCUGGCUUGGCGGUACGAGCAGCGGUUCCCGGCCGUCGCGCAGGGCCACAUCAAGACAAGGGAGGCGUUGGAGAGCGGCGUCAGCUUUGCCAAGGUGCACAGGCAGGUGGUGUCAGACGCGGUGGGCGAGAAGGUCAAGGGUGCGCGGGAGACUGUCGAGGACUGGGUCAAGAAGGGAAAAUGAGAGGAAAGAGGGGGUGCGCCCAGGUUGGAAGGGAAAAGAAUAGACAAGAGGAACUGUGCUGGAGCAGCGUUUGUACCAUACGAGGCAUAGACAAAUGAUUGUACUUUGUUGCCGUGUGUAUUAGCUCUGAGGCGGUUUGACUAUGCAAUGAAGUUUUGGUCGUCC